UUUUAUUUUAUCAAAUUACUGUGGAAAGUUUAUUCUGAAAACUCGUACUGCUACAAAGAUUUAACAAAAAGGUUCAAAUGACAACUUACACCGUGUGAUAUAUAGCUUUUGUCUGUGCGAAGGUUGGGCUAUAUUUCAUUCACCAAGGAAUGUUUAUCCCUGGUCAGCUAUUUGCUCUGUAUAUUGCUGCGAGUAUCAAGGUAGCCGCUUUUCUUCAAACUGAUAAAGUAUUGCGAUAUGACAAGCCAGCUAAAAAUAUACACCCCUGACCUGACCCAAACUGAACCAGUGAAGUGUCCAAAUGCCUCGCUCUGUCCUUUAAGAAGACGGCCGCAAAAAAAAGAUUUAAUGCAUGACACGGGUCAUUUGCUAUUUAUGGUUAGGCGAACUUUCCGUGUACAGCCUUUUGGGGAUUUUUCCUUUGAAUUUUUUAACUGUUGGCGAUGAUUGAAGUUUUUUCUUUUUGCAUUUGUUAACGUGCUUACAAAUAUAACGAGGAAAAAAUAGUGGAGUAUCGAUUCGCAUCACUUAUAACGAUAGCUAAACAUGUUCAAACCAGUGACACGCGGUGUUAUUCUUUUCAAAAGAUUAUAUUUUAUGAACGACUAUAUACAUUGGAACGGAAACGAGGCUUUAACCCAUUGGCUUUGCAUCUUACGCAACUUCUAUUUCGUUCACUGACCAAUAGGGGGCGGGAUUUAUUGGCGAUGCGAGGCAUGAGUGAAACGAUGGACAUGCCCUCUUGUCCGUCGAGAUGGCGAUUGGAUAGUUAGUUUAGGAUUACGUGAUAUGCCUAAUGCAUAUGGGGAUUCUCAGUAGCGUCAAGUUUAAUAACAUAAACAUUAGGAUAUGUUAAGCAACAACGAGCAUGUUCGAACGUAAAACAUUUGCAGUUCAAGGGCGUGUUAAGAUUGUUAACUGUACAUAAACCAUGGAUAUACAUUGUCAAACGUGAUCUGUACAUAUAUUUGUGAAUCAAAACAAACGCUCUAAUGAAUCAUAAAGUCAAAGGAGUGAUUUGUGGAAGGAAAUUAAACAUCGUAGUCGGAGAAAUUGUCACAUGCGAUGGCUAGCAAUGGAUCCAAAAACAUUCAAGGAGAAUUAUUUCACAACGUUGGUUUAACACCCGACGAACAGACAGGCAUGUGCAACGGAAACGGUUCGAUUGAGCACAAAAUUAUCAAAGACGAAACCAGUAGCUAUUGUUCCGAAGAAUCUGUCGAUUCCCCUCUGGAUUUUUCCUUCAAACGAAGACAUUGUGAAACUGAAGCUUCUAGUACAGGUUCCCCUAAUUCUCCUGGAUCUACGCAAGGGGGAUCUGUGAACUAUGGAGAGGACAAAAAAUUUUCCGACAACGAGGAUGGAUCGUCUUGUAAUGGAAAUUCAAACCAUGGAAUUUAUAAAAGGGAAUAUAACAACAGAAUGCCCUCUUCAAACCAAACAGUCAGCCCAGGAAUAGCAAGCGUCGUCCAAGCCAUUCAGUCUGGUGCUAUUCCGUCAGUUGCAGCAGCAAGUAUGUGUGGAUCGUUUCCUGCUAUUGCUGCUCUUAUGGACCCUAGAAUUACAUCUCAGCCCUCUAAUAAAUCAUCGCGACCGUUCAAAGCAUAUCCAAAGGAACCACUUUCUGUUCCAUUUGGUUGUUUUGGAAUGAAUCCAUAUCAGACAUUGGAAUCGAAUAUGUUACAGGGAUUAAAUCUUAGUAGUGAAGAUAUAAUGCACCUAUAUAAACACCAGUUACGAAGUCUACAAGAGCAGCAUUCAGAAUCGCAUAGAAGUCUCAUGAAACCAAGCACUUUGUCAAGUGCUACUGCCACAAGUUCACAUACGGGUACCUCAACAUCCUAUAAUCCACAACACCACAGCGCCCCAAAUACUCCAACCAGUCCAUCAUUUAAUCGUGUCCAAACACAAUCAGUCCCCAGCACCAGCUCCGAACAGAUGACAACGCACUCUAGCAGCAGACGAAGAGCUAGGACGUUUCCUGACGACCAAAAGGAUGAGGCUUAUUGGGAAAGGAGAAGAAAGAACAACGAAGCUGCAAAAAGAUCCAGGGAUGCUAGGAGGGCAAAAGAAGAUGAAAUAGCUAUACGGGCUGCUUUGUUAGAGCAAGAAAAUUUGAAAUUACGGGUAGAAGUUGCUGCGUUAAAAACAGAAACUGCCAAGUUACGAUGUAUGUUAUAUAACACAUAGACCUCUGGUAAAUAUGUCAGUUUUCUUUGUUACUUUGUUAGAGGAAAUUACUUGUCCAUGUUUUUGUCUUGAUAAAAGUUUUCCUUCUCUCAGGUAUGCUCGUAUGCAAUGUUUGUUAUCAAGUGAUAUUUUAUAGGAAUCAUCAAUCAUUUCCUGUUAGGUCGACUUGUCAUGGGGCAGCUAAUAGUUAUCAAUGAAAACCAAACAACUAACGGGACCUCAUUGAAAUUUUAAAAGAUUUACAGGCUAAAACACUGUUGACACAAUAAACGAAAUGAAAUUUUUUAAGUGCUAUCCCCUUUCAUGGUCUUUCUUAUUUGGAAGAUGUGGCAGUUUUGUAAAUAAAGAUCUUAUAACUGUUGGAAACAAAUGUUGAAUGGACUCUUUUAAUGUAUGCAUGUGUGUCACAAUCUGUUGUUUGAAUGUUCAUGUCUAUGUAUCGUAACAAAAGUUAUGUAUUCUCUUUUCAUCACCAUGUGUCAUGAAAGAAAAGGGAGCAUAAUUUGCAUUUCUUCUUUUAUUUUCGUAUGACUUAACUCAGGGAGCUCACUACAACAAAUCAACUGUAUUCAUUAUUCCUUAUAUGUAUAUUAUUUUCUUUUUUUUUUAAUGUGUGUAUAUGUGGUGCAUUGAUAAAGAUGAUAAUGGGUUUUAUGAAAUAUAUGUAUAUGGCCUUUAUCUGAUUUUUCUUAUUAUGACAUGAACUUUUCAUGUGAAUUACACAACCCUUCAAUAUUUUAACGCUCUAACAAUUAAUGUUUUCAUAGAUUUUAAUUCUACUAUAAUUUAUCAAAUGGUUUAUAUCCAUUUUACACAAUUUUCUGAACAAUUGGGUUUUACACUAAGGAUAUUCAAUACAACAAAUGAUAACUUUGAAUAUGUGUUAUAUUUGAAUCGUUAAGUCGAUUAGUUAAAUAUAUCGCCAGAAUGUUUGCAUACUGUCAUUAGAAUUCUCAAUUGUACGCGGCUAUACUGCCUACCUCAUGAAUUUUGCCUUAUGUAGAUUGUCUUCGGACACCGUGUAACCAUACCUCUUUGUAUUUUUGUUACAAGCUGUUAAAUACUCUUUAUUUUUAAGAUAUUUUCAUUUGUACAUUUUAUGUGACACAAAUUAUAUAUCAACUAAUAUUAUACCAACGAGUUUGCAUGGGUUACAAAUUGAGCGAUUUUCAUUAUUCCGCAGAUCAAAGAAAGUAGAAUUUUAAGAUUCCUGUCAUUGAUAAAAGGCUUUUCCCCCUUGUCUAUAUUUUGGAAUAAAACUGUUAAACUAUACUUUUAA